AUGGCAGGAAAUAAUGAAAGCAUAACAAAUGACUUAAUGUAUAACCAAUUACUCAAAGUGAAUUUAAAUAUAGGAAACACAUCAAAAUUAGUAGUGGCCAUGCUAAUGCCUAUGAUUUCUGUAUAUGUUAAUUGCAUCAUGUUCUAUUGUCUUAUGGGCAAACGCAUAUUUAAAGAGACUCCACGUUAUAUUCUUUUUGCCCACAUGCUUUUCAAUGACUCUGUCCACCUCCUUCUCACCACUUUGUUGUAUAUUUUUACUCUGGCCUUCUUUAAGCUGGCUAAAACUGUUUGUUCCCUCCUAAUCAUUCUAGCCACUACAACAUUUCGUAAUACACCUUUAAACCUGGCUUUGAUGUCACUGGAGCGUUAUGUAGCCAUUUGCUUUCCUCUCAGACACGUUGAAAUAGCCACUCAGAAAAGGACUUUCAUUGCUGUUGUUUUUAUUUGGUUCCUGGGCAGUGUGAACAUUUUGUGUGAUGUCCUUUAUGCCGCAGUAAUGGACCCUAACUUCUACUCUGUACAGAUGUAUUGCAGUCGGGAACAAAUAUUCAUAAAACCAUGGCAACUCAAAGUAUACAAUGGACUCAAUGUGUUUUAUUUUGUGUCAGUGACAAUUAUUAUCAUGUUUACUUACAUCAGCAUUAUUAUCACAGCCAGGUCUGUUUUCUCCAACAAAGACUCUGCUAAGAAGGCCCACCAGACUGUGCUGCUACAUCUCAUUCAGCUGGGCCUGUGCCUCACCUCCUUUCUGUAUGGAACCAUUGAGACAGCACUUUAUAUGUUAGUUGGAAUUGAUGGUUUGUUAUUUAGCCACUUACGCUUUCUGAACUAUCUGUUCAUCCUGGUCAUGCCCCGCAGCCUGAGUCCACUCAUCUAUGGGCUCAGAGAUGAUGCUGUAAAACCCUUGUUCAAAUAUUACUUCUGCUACCACUCAAGAAGGUUCCAGACCAGUGUAAAUGCAUAUUGA